AUGGCUUCCGUUUUGACAACUAUACUGCUAUGGCUCGCUACAUUGAGUGUCCUCGUUGUCGCCCGAGUGCCGGCAUAUGCGGCACUACGAACUCGUAAUAGCCCUAAAGUGAGCGAUGCAGACACUUUAGAUAUCGUGGGAAGAGCUCUGCAGCACGCCAGGCUUCAAUCACGGGAUAGCAAGUACUCUAUGAACAGGACUUCUCUCGCGAAGAGCUGGGUUGGCACUACUCUUUUCAAGUAUAGCCAAGAUAGCAGCAACGAGACUACUGCCGGUUCACAUACAUUUUCAUCGGAAUCUAGCACCGAUAUUGAGAUCAUUUGUACAACCUGCUAUGUCAAUGGUUCUGUUACAGGUGACUUGACUCUUACCGGCGACUAUAACUUUACCGCAGCAGUAGAAGGCGUGAAGACUGAAUUGCAGAAUGUCACCUACACAGCAGUCGACCAAUUUGAGGAAUACAUUGAAGAGUUAGGCAAGGACAUAACCAAUGAAAUCGAAACUUUCAAUGCGACCACCCUACCCGCGUGGCCGACACUAGAUGUUGGGUUCGAUCUGGAGAAUAACACCGGUUUGCCGGGUGCUUCGAUACAUUUUGAGUUUGAUGAUUUGGAACUAUAUCUGGAGCUAGAUAUUAAGCUAUCAGCCGAGGCUACGUAUACAUUGAAUUUGUAUACUUCUGAGACUCCAGAGGGUAUUUCGGUUCCUGGCGUCACGAUUGGAGCAGUGUUUAGUAUUGAUUUGAUCCUCAUCGCUAACGCUGAAAUUGAUAUUGGAAGUGGAAUUCAUAUCAAGCUCGAUGAUGGACUUGCAUUUGAUCUGGAAAUGUUCAAUAGCAAUGUUUCAACUGUCACUAUCCCCGGCGGCGCCUAUGAAUUCCUCCCCGUGACAAUUUCAGGCGAAGGAUCCAUUCAAGCUCUUUUGAGUCUCAAAGCAAGUCUCGGUGUACAUGUAAACCUCCCCGACACUUCUGCAUUCACAUUUGCGUUCGACGCCGGUAUCGAGUCCGACGUAUUUGCCUACGUUGCCGAUUUCCUGAUGCAAGUGAACGGAUCCACGACUGCUGAUGACGAUGAUUGCAAAUUGGCUGCUGUCGCGGAAUACACCUUUGCUGUCGGCGCAGCAGCUGGCGCGACGCUCGCAAUUGAUCAAUCUCAUUCCUGGGGCCCGUCGCCCGACACAACUAUACCGGUGUGGUAUACGACGCUGGCUAGUAUCUGUGCAGCGACCAAAACGGUGGCCUCGACAGCUGCUUCGGUGAUUACUGCACGUGCAGAACUGGGCCAACGAGAUACCUCAUCCCUGACGACUACGACGUCGACGACAACAUAUCAAAUUGUCAAUUGCCUGUCGGCGGGACUGAUUAACUGUCCUAUUAAUCUCCAGAAUACGACAACCUAUCAAGCUGUCGUGACCUCUGUGCUCGCUGUGGAAUCAGGAUCGACGGUGACGUUGCCGACGAAUGGUGUUUCGGCUCUUGUGACUGGUAUACCCUUUGGCUCGAAAUCGCACAGAUUGGAUGCGAUAUCCGGCACUCCUACAUCGUAUGUCCCUCCACCACCGCCAACUAGUACCUCCGCUACGGCAUCUGCUACAUCGACAGGGGAUCCAGCAGGGAAUGGAAGUGGUAGCAGUGGCAAGACUAGUGGGCCUAAUGAUAAGCUCAUCAUUGGACUCAGCGUUGGUUUGGGGGUUCCUUUUCUAGCAGCUGUGCUAGCUGGACUCUGGUACAUUAUCCGUCAUCACAGGAAGUAUUCUGAGGUUGCUCAGAAGGACAACAUAGCACAGAGUCCAAAUCUUAGAGAGCACGACUCUCCAGUCUCACCUGAUAUGACUCAGAAGGCUCCUUUGGUAUCAGUAGUACAGUCAAGUUGA